GCAAUGAAUCGCAAGAACAUCACCCAGGUCUCUGAAUUCCUCCUCCGUGGUUUCACGUCCCAGCCAGAACUCCAAAAACUCCUCUUCCCGUUUUUACUCUCCAUGUAUCUGCUCGCCCUCUUUGGGAAUAUGACGAUCAUCUGGCUGAUCCGAUCUGACGCGCAACUCCUCCAGACCCCCAUGUACUUCUUCCUCAGCAUCCUUGCAGUAGCGGAUUUGGGUUUUUGCAGCAACAUCAUCCCCAAGGCACUACAGAACAUGGUGUCUCAGAAAAAGACCAUCUCCUACAAUGGCUGUCUGACCCAGAUAUUUUUCGGUAUCCUUAUUGGCAAUGCGGACAGCUACAUUCUGGCUUCCAUGGCCUACGAUCGGUUCGUAGCAAUCUGCCGCCCGCUGUAUUAUUCCACCAUGAUGAGCUACAAGCGUUGCCUCCAGCUGGCAGCAGCAUCCUGGACGAUCCCUUUCUUCCACUCUUUGCUUUAUAUCUUCAUGAUGUCCCGUGUUGAGUUCUGUAACCCUGGGGAGAUUCCUCAGUUUUUCUGUGAUCUUUACCCUGUUCUGGACGUAUCUUGCUCUGACUCCUACACCAUAGAUCUAGUACUGAUGACGGAGGGGGUAGUGGAAAUUCUGGGGCCGUUUGUUCUCAUCAUCAUUUCCUACAUAUUAAUUUUCUACACCAUCUUGAAGAUUCCAUCAGCCGUUGCAAAGCGCAAGGCCUUCUCCACAUGCGGGUCCCACAUUUGUGUAGUGGUCAUGUACUUUGGUGGCAUAAGCUUUGUCUAUUUCAAGCCAAAUUCCCAACUCCUGGAACGCAAGGACACGGUGGCAGCUAUCAUGUUUACCCUGGUAACCCCCAUGUUGAAUCCCUUCAUUUACACCCUCCGGAACAGCGAGAUGAAGGCAGCCAUGAAGAGGGUCUUUAAGAAGCAUUUUCAUUGA